AUGUCCGAAAAGCUGGACGUCGAUUGCCAGUCACCCACAAGCUCGCAUAGGUACCCCUCUUUUGGUUUUGCUGCAGGAUGGAUCCGAGCCGAGCGGCCUCCCUUCAUCUUCUCUCGUUCGCACGAAGCCGCAAGCGGAGCAGCUGAACCCCGCCUCCUCUCCGUGGUUCCUGUUCGCACGGGUACAGCCAAAGCAGCCGAAAUCCUCUCCCUCCUCCCUCGGUUCCCGGUUUGCACCAAGGUCCCCGCACCUUGUUCUUCUAUUUACUCCAGCCCAACCGAAUCAGCCAACUCUUCUUCCAAGCACACUUUUCUGUUAACUCCUGCUGCACCUGACGUUAGACCUCGCAUUCUGAGGUGGCCAACCAAUUAUAGGUUGAGUGCUGAGAAGAUUCAUGAAGACUUCAAGAGACUCGAUCAUAUUAAUGACAGAUUCUUAGAUUUGAGAGAAGAUGAAGUUCAGCUGCUCGCUAAUCCAGAUCAGGGACCACCGAGUCCUGCAAGACAACUCCGACACCAUGAAACUACGGUAGGACCAUCUUCAUCCAGAUCGUAUGCCAAGGGUAAAAUAAUUUCUAGUGAUAUUACCCCAGUAGCUGGGCAUACAACAGAGAAUCCUGAUUUCGGAGUCCUAUUUGAGAUGUUGAAAUCUCAGGAACAAGUCAGCUUAAAUAUACAAGAUAUAGUGACGGACAUGAAUAGACAGAUGAAUAUUGUGGUAGGAACAUUGUCCACCCUGACAGGUUUGGUACAGAGAUUAUUUGAAACCAGCAGCAGUGGAAGGAAGAGGAUAGUGAACCCUCCAGUAUCUCAAUACCAGUUCAAAAGAAGACGCAAAAAAAAUGAUAAUGUGGGUGUUGUUGAUCCUGUAAAUAUAGAUGUUCCCGGACAGGCUCAAGAGGCUGAAGAAACAAUAAGGGACGAACAAUGUACAAAUUUCUUGGGGGAUGAGACAAUUCAUGAAGACCCUAAAGAAGUUGAUCCUACAAAGGAUAUUACGCAUGUUCUUGAUCCUGUACAUACAAAUGUUCCCGGGCAGACCCAAGACGCUGAAGACACAAUAAGAGAAAUAGAAGACACAGAUUUGGGGGAUGAGACAAUCCAUGAAGACCCCAAAGAAGUCGAACGAGCAAUAAAGGGUGUUCUUGAAUCUGUCUCAUUCGAUUCCAGGGAUGGGAUCCCUCAUGGCAGCCCGUUGGGAGUAAUGUAUGAAUCAAAGCUUUGUACCUUCCUCUUUGGUGCUAUAAUAAAGUUGCUGGCCUCCUUUGCCGUGGAUGAUUUGAAACGUGGUUCAACUGGUUUGGGUUGGGAUCCGAUAAAGCGAAUCAUUGAUGCCUCGGAAGAGUGGUGGACAAAAAGGAUCGCGGUGGUGCCCGCAGCGAAAAAUUAUAAAACUUGUGGAAUUGAACCUGAUUUGGAGGAGAAGUUAGACCUGAUGUUCGGGGGUGUCGUCGCCACAAAAACGCCAAUUAAUGAGGUUGUGGCAACUUUAGAGCAGGAUCCGAGUAUUGCAGCAGAUGAUGAGCUUUACUACUUUCCUGUUGAGCUGCUUCAAGAUUCAUUUCAGAGAGAUUUUUUCACAGCAAUUGCCAAAGAGCGAAGGGUGUCGUAUCUACGACAUUUCUUUGAGCGCAGGAAAAUUUGA